CUGCGGGCCGCAGUUAACCUGGCGGUGCCGCGGCAGUCGGAGUAGAGUGCGUCAUCCGCGAGGUUGGUCGCGUGCGCGAGUCCCGAGUUUUCGAGAUCGCCGCGCCGAAGGAGUCCGCCAGGAUGGUGGCGAAGGACCCGAAGUUGGCGGCCUCCGAGCUGAUGAACCCCUACGAGAGGCCGCCCAGCAUGUCGGUGCGCCAGUCCCUGCGCAACUUCCUGUACAACAGCGAGACCGGGGCCUUCAUGGGCAGGACCGCCAGCAGUUGGGGAAAGAUCGGAUUGUUUUAUCUGAUCUUCUACGGAGUCCUGGCAGCUCUGGUGGCGAUAUGUUUUUGGGGAUUCUUCCAAACUUUGGACCCGAGGAUACCAACGUGGCAGCUGGAGCGGUCUAUAAUCGGAACCAAUCCUGGUUUGGGAUUUCGGCCGAUGCCACCCAGCGAAAACGUGGAGAGUACUCUGAUUUGGUACAAAGGGACCGAUCGGGAGAAUUUCAGGCAUUGGGUGCAAUCUUUGGAACAAUUUCUUGAAGUGUACCGAAAACCUGGUUUAACGCCCGGUCGGGGAGCGAAUAUACACAACUGCGACUACAACCAGCUGCCGGCUCCAGGGCAAGUUUGCGACGUGGACGUGAAAAAUUGGCAUCCAUGUAUAAUGGAAAACAGUUUCAAUUACCACAGAUCAGCUCCGUGUGUCUUCCUCAAGCUUAACAAGAUUUACGGCUGGAGGCCAGAUUUCUACAACGACACCAAGACUUUACCCGACAACAUGCCGCGAGAGCUGAAAGAGCACAUUGCCGGUCUCAAGGUGAAAGACCCUCGUCAGUUGAACACGAUCUGGGUAUCCUGCGAGGGCGAGAAUCCUGCCGAUCAGGAGAACAUCGGCCCUGUCAAUAUUUUACCACGUAGAGGCUUUCCUGGGUACUUUUACCCCUACGAGAACUCGGAGGGUUACCUGAGUCCCCUCGUGGCGGUGCAUUUCGAAAGGCCACGACGCGGGAUCCUGAUAAACGUCGAAUGCAAGGCGUGGGCUCACAACAUCAAGCACAGCCGCCAUGACAAGCUGGGAGCUGUACACUUCGAACUUCUGAUAGAUUAGAGGAUGUCCGCUUGUCGCGCUAGUUACCCGGAAAAUUCUAAGUUAUUGUCGACGCUUCGUCGAUCGAGCACGGACCAAGAAACGCGGCGAUUGUUAGGUGCGAAGGGUUUCGAGAGAAAUCGUCAGGUCGCGAGGGUCCUGUCGGCAUGAAAUAUCGGUGUCUACGCGGACUGAGUUAGCGAGCGCGUCGGUUCUUCGGGAACUAAGCGAGAUUAGUUUCAGGGACGACGCGGUCGAGUUUAGUAGUUUGUCGAGGUAUAAAAUUACGAAUCCGUACGAUCUGAACUGAGUCCCGUUCGUCCCGGGAUUCGCGAUGAACGCCCGAGACGACGGACCGGAUGAAAUACUCUCUUUAUCUCUGUUUGUCAAGUUCUCUCUCUUUGUCUGCAUGUCCACGCGAUUGGCGUUAAAUCUUCACGUGAUCAUCCCUGAUAUUAUCGAACUCGGGUGAGAAAGCUUGGCGAAUGCACGAGGAUCAACUGCCAGGCCGGAAAUGGGCAUCGGGGAUUAGGAUAUAAAUUUUCACACGAAUUUUCACGCGAUGUCGGUGCUGAAUGUAUGUUCUAUCGUUCGGUCGCUAGGUUUCCUCUGGUAAAUGCAAUGUUUUCACGAACAGGAUGCAUUUAACGAAAGAUUGGAAUUUGCCCAUUCCCGGUUAUUAUCUAAAAAGGGAUCGGUAGUCUUAUAAUCGCAUGAUACGAGAUACCGUGCUUUCCUCGUCCUUUCAAGUACAAAAGGUAUAUUUACACCACUUCCCGUGAGUGUUCAUUUAAGUGUAACGCGGCGAGUUCCGUAUUUACACGUCGUUGAAUCUCUCGCGCUAGAUUUCGAGUAGCCAGGGAGACGCAAUCGAUCGUUUGUCUCUAGUAAAAUGCGGGAAAAAAAGGGGGGGGAAAAAAAGGAGAAGCGCGCGCGAGCCGUCAGGACGAUUUCUGCCAUUACUUUCCGAGGCUUCUCAUAAUGAGGAUUUUCAUGGCGAGGUCGCGCGCCCCAUCGGGAAAAUAGAUCUCGUCAGGUAAGAAGUAUAUAAUAUAUAUUUUCAUCCCAUCGUAUAUAUGUAUAUUUUCAGAUGACUUUUAGCGCGAGUGCAUUCCGAGCCUUUCCGGGCUUCACGUGACCACGCAUGUGUCCACGAUUGCAUAGAGAAAUGGGGAAACGCGGUCUUCCUCGGCACUUAUGCAUAUAUUUCUACAUAUUUAUAAAAUACAUCUAUAGAAAAUAUCUAUAAAUGCCGUGCAAGGUGACACGAAAGUGGCAUCUGAAAGGUCUGUGAAACUUUUCUACAGCAUGAGAAUACCGAAUUUGAAGUUUUACCAUGCUAAUGUAUAGGUCCCUAGGAACGACCCGACACCUAUGAAAUUUCAAUUUCACGACAGAAUUGAAAAAUGCGCGGUAACAAAUUUACAGAGAAGGAAAUUUAGUUUCGUCGAUGUUAGGACCUUUGAAGCCGACAUAUCCACGCGGUGGAAUUUCUAGCGAUUCGGUACACCCAGCUGGGAGAAAAGUUUCAUAAGCGAGACCCCUCGGACGGCAUUUUCAUAUCGCCCUGAAAGGGACCGCGAGAAACGUUCGUCCAGUCGUGAUUUCUUCAUUUUUCACAUAAAGUGUUGAAGCGACACGUUCGAAAGCGAACUGCCUUUUCUAGUAGCGUAAGACGUAGUAUUUGAUGUAUUCUCGGCGAAAUCUACGCGUCUUAUCCCUGAACUAUGGGUUGCACGCUUUGUCGAGAGAUUUCCUGCAAGUCGGUUUUCGGCUCUGCUCGCGCGCAUUUAAAGGAUUCGUAGAUUCAGUCUACGGCGUUACUCGUUUAGUGUAUCACGCGCAUCAUUCCCACCUCUCCUUAAAACUACUAUUUGUAUAGUGAUUAAGUUGUACACAUUUAUGAUCGAUAGUUUUACUGUACACCGCUGCAUAUCGUAAUAUAUAUAUAUAUAUAUAUGCAUAUAUAAUCCGACUCCGUGCGCGGACGUUUGUGCCUUACGUUUGUUUUAGAAGCGAUCUAAAUCUCGUUCGUAAAGGACGCCGAAUAAAUGUCGGCCACGCGGGAUCAGCUGUAUCGACAGUGCCUUAUUAUCGAUGCUACCGAUAAUAAUUUUCGCAAUUAGUCCGGUCAAUUUUUAGCGGCAUACACAGUUGUUAACGGAGCAGCAGUAUUUUUGUAAAGAGGAUCGCACUCGGAUGCGAGUGCGUCUUACUCUCGGAGGAAUAGACCAAGCAAAAUAAACACAUUUCCACUAA